AUGGCGCGCUCCGUUUUCAUGAUCGGCCUGGUGGUGAGCGCUUCGUUAGGAUUGCUUCUGCUCUUGCAGAUCAUUGCGAGCAUUGACCUGGGCCAAUCUGCCCCACGCUUCAAAACGAAUCAUCCUAUUCUCCAACAAGCGUCAAGAGCAGAAGAUAGUGUUUUCCUACUAGGGGCUGGAAAAGCCGAUAUUACAGGACCCGUGGUCGAGGUCGCGUUGAAUGGAUACGCAAAUCUCAGCCAAAUCGGAACAGGACUGCGACAGCGCAUAUAUUCAAAAGCAUUCAUCAUCGCCGACCCAGGUAAUACCAACAACACAUUCAUCUACCUCGUGCUCGAUGCUCAAUCCGGUGAUACCGCUGUGCGAAACGGCGUGCUUCGGGGUCUAGCAAAUCUAGGCGGCGAAUAUGCCCGUUAUGGCGAGCACAAUAUAGCCCUGAGCGGAACACAUGCACACUCAGGUCCUGGGGCGUGGAUGAAUUAUCUCUUGCCACAGAUUCCGUCUCUCGGGUUUAAUCCACAGAGUUAUCAGGCCAUUGUCGACGGUGCGCUGUUGUCUAUUCAGCGAGCGCAUAUAAGUCUUACGCCGGGACAGUUGAGUCACGGUACUAUAGACAUUCCAGACGGCAACAUCAACAGGAGUCCAUAUGCCUACCUCGCCAAUCCGGAAGAUGAGAGGGCUCAAUAUGAGUACGACAUAGACAAGACAAUGACCAUGUUGCGAUUCGAUCGUACAUCUGACAGCAAGACCUUCGCCGUGUUGACUUUCUUCUCAGUCCACGGCACCUCGCUAUAUGAGAACAAUACGCUCACUGCAGGCGACAACAAGGGUGUUGCUGCAUAUCUGUUUGAGCGCAGUGUCGCAAACGAUACCCGCUUUGCGGAUGGGUUCAUUGCUGGAUUUUCCCAGUCAAGCGUCGGCGAUACUUCGCCUAAUGUGCUUGGCGCCUACUGUGAAGAUACCGGGCUGCCCUGCAAAUUCGAGGACAGUACCUGUAAUGGAAAGACGGAACUCUGUCGCGCACGAGGGCCAUACUUUAUGGAGAACGAUGCCGGAUCAAAGAGUUGUUUUGAGAUUGGUCGACGACAGUACACGGCAGCCAAAGAACUUUAUGAUCAGUUGGAUACCAAUGCAACCAAGAUUGUCGGUAGUUCGUCUGUUUCAUCGUUCCAUGUGUAUCAUGAUUUUACAGGAUACGAGUUCCCAUCACCAUUCAAUGGAUCGACGUUGACUACCUGCUAUGCAGCACUUGGAUACUCUUUUGCAGCUGGAACAAGUGAUGGGCCUGGAGCGUUCGAUUUCACCCAGAAUGGCACUGGACCGGCCAAUAGCAACCCAGUGUGGCAGGUUGCGCGGACAUUCAUUCACCCACCCUCAGCCGAGCAAAAGGCAUGUCAAGCCCCGAAAAAUAUCCUCCUCGAUGCUGGAGCAGUAAAGUUGCCGUAUGCUUGGGCGCCGAAUAUCGUCGACAUUCAGCUUUUGCGUAUUGGACAAUUGAUCAUCAUCGUAUCUCCUAGCGAAGUCACCACUAUGUCUGGCCGACGAUGGAAGAAGGCAAUUCUCAAUGCAUCUUCCAAGAUUUUGGAGAUUACCGACCCUCUCGUCGUCUUAGGCUCACCAGCAAAUACAUACGCCCACUACCUCACUACCGAAGAAGAAUACGGCGUCCAACGCUACGAAGGUGCAUCCACGUUAUACGGACCGAACGAGUUAGCCGGCUACAUUAAUCUUACCCUAACAUAUCUGCCAUACUUGGGAAGUGAAUCUGCCGUAGCACAACUAGCCCCAAUCCCCGCUGGACCAAACCCGCCUAUCAACACCAACAACUCCUUGAACUUUAUAACCGGGGUCGUAACUGAUGGUGCACCCAUCGGCCAAUCCUUUGGCAAGGUCACCGCCUCAUCCCCCAACACAAAAACUUAUGGCCUCGGCGACACCAUCACCGCAACCUUCGUCGGCGCCAACCCGCGCAACAACCUGCGCCAAGAAGGCACAUUCGCGGCCGUGGAAUUCCUCAAUCCAACGACAAAGGCAUGGGAAACCGUCCGCACAGACGCAGACUGGAAUCUGAUCUAUCAGUGGCAACGCACGAACACUCUUCUCGGAUAUAGUAGCGUCACUAUUUCCUGGCAGAUUGAGGAUAGCUAUUAUGCGAUUGGCAACCCCAAUCCGGUGCAGAGUGGUUCGUAUCGGUUGCAUUAUUAUGGGGAUUCAAAGUCUCUAUUGGGUCGUAUUUCGGCUUUUGAGGGAGUGAGUGGUGUGUUUACGGUGAAGGUUUAG